CACCGAGCCAAUGGGCUAUCAUUAAAUGAGGAGUUUUAAAGCAGCCAGGGCAGGAAAACAUGUGCUUUGUGGGUUGUGGGCAGUCCUGCUGAACUGAGUGCGGCGCAGCAGAAGCUAAGCUCAGACGCUGGACACUGCCUUGGGCGGAAGGCGUAGGCAGAACAGAUUCCCCUCGCUGUAGCCUUUGCGUCCUCUUGGCCCUGCCUCUGGAAGGGACACCGCUCACUCAGGCAACUCCAACCAAGCCUCCAGGAUGAAGUAUCUUUGGACAGCUCUCCUGGUCCUCCUAACAGCUGAAGAAGCAGAGGCCCUGAGAGAACCUCAGCUGUGCUACGUCUUGGAUGGAAUUCUGUUCGUCUAUGGUAUUAUCCUCACGUUCCUCUACUGCAGGCUUAAGAUGCAGUAUCGGAAGAAAUCAAAACCUGACCCUUGCGCCAUUUACGAGAAAGUGGACGGAGGAAUCUAUACCGGCCUUAAAGCUCAAGACCCCGAAACGUAUACGACCCUUGAGCUCCCCAAAUCGAACCUGCAAGAGCAGCCCCCUGAAGCGGGGCCCUUGAUGAAAUAGGCGGGUUCCCCUGUCUUGUGGGGCUUGCAGAGACAACGCACCCCCCCCCCCCGGUCCAGCACCUGAAAUUGCACAACUAUAUUUUGAUACCAGAAGACGGAGCAUCUUUGCACCCUUUGCUGGCCUAGUGAGGAAGACUCCAUCCCAUUGGGACCUUGCACGCUUGGUUUAUAUGGCAUUGACCAGCCUUCCCUGACCUUUUGCCCACCAGUUGUGUUGGACUAACACUGUCAUGCUGUUUCAUUGAUCGUUUCUUGUUUAUAAAUCCUAUGAACCACUUUGCAUUUAAAACAAAAAUAGAAGUGCUCUGUACGUCACGUAACUCGAUAAUCCCAUCAGCUUCUUCUGCCUCAUUGGCCAAAGCGAGGCCAGCACAGGGACCGGGGCAAGUCGGUGCCCUGCCUAGUCUCUCUGCUUCAAAAUGGUCCAUAACUGAGCCUUGCGCCCACCAGGUGUGUUGGACUGCAACUCCCAUCUGCCCCGGCUCACAGGGCCAAUGGUCAGGGUUGAUGGGAAGCGGUAGUCCCAAAUAUCCAGAGGACACCAGACUGCCUAUGCCUUCCCUUAGUAACUUGGAAAAACAUCCCUGAUUGUUGUGAUGUGUAUUUGUGCUUUUUGACACAUAUAUUCCCCAUUACAUAUUUUUCUCCUCCAACUCUACCGCCCUCGUUUACCCCCAGGUCUUCCUCUGUCCCUCUUCCCCCGUCCCAGAAAAGUAUCCAGGAAUGUUUUAGGUUGAACAUCUUAUCCAUUCGCCCCUGAAGCUAUAAGAAGAAGGAAAGGAACCUCUCGUGCAAGCACUGAGUCAUUGCUGACUCUUGGAGGGAUGCCAGGUUUCGCUGACGUUUUCUUGGCAGGCCUUAUAGCGGGGUGGUUUGCCGUUGCCUUCCCCGGCCAUUAUUCCCUUUCCCCCAGCUAGCUGGGUACUCAUUUUACCGACCUCGAGAGGAUGGAAGGAUGGAAGGAUGGACCCGAGCCGGCUGCCUGAAACCAGCUUCCGCUGGGAUCGAACUCAAGCUGUCGGGAGAGUUUCGGCUGCAGAAACUGCUGCUUUACCGCUCUGCGCCACACGAGGCUUCAGAAGCUAUAAGAAAUACACGUAAAUUGCAGGUGUUCAUAUUUAUCCCUUUGCCCCUCUUAUCCUCCCCCACGUUUAUUUGUUUCAUUUUAUUUCAUUUAUUACAUUUCUAUACCACCCCAUAGCCAAAGCUCUCUGGGCGAUUCACCAAAAUUAAAAACCACCAAAAUAUAUUGUAUAAAGUACAAAACUCUUCACACAAGGAUAUAAAACAGAUAGCACUCAAAGCAGCAAAGUUGUUAUAGAGAUUGUAAGCGCCUAUGUACAUUGAUGUCAAACUUAUUAAUAAUUUGCUUGCAGCUGCACCUAAAGGCCUCAACUAAAAAUAAAUACUAUGAUCCAAAA